GUGGGGGAUCAACAACAUCAACCACGCCCAUCUCACGUUCCCCCCCACCAGCCUUCUCCCCGAGACAUCACUGCGUGUUAAUAUACUCUGUACAUAUUUCUAUACAUAUCCCCUCGUUCCUUGCAUUAUUACUACCCCUCCUUCAAACGAUUGUACUGUACACAGCAGCUACGUUAUCUCAGCACCAACAUCCAUUCCUCUCCAUUGCUUGGUUGGUCCCUUACGCCGCCCAGCCACCCCGCCAGCCACGCCCCUCGCUGCACAGAACACCCACCUGCAUCAGCCAGCCAGCCAAGGCUGCCGUGCGUCCCAUCCCCAGGGUGACAACAUUGCCUCCCUCGAUCGCAUCGCGAUAUCUUACUUCGACUUCACGAUUCAAUCCGCAUCCCCUCGCGCGCGAGACGAACUGUUAUCAUCGAAAAGACUACUGGGAGCUUGAUUGACGACUUUUGAGCUGGGAUACUCUGUGGGUGACUCCAACGGAAGCAAGGCUACGGAUUGGCCACUCGAGCGCAGCUACCCGCGACAGGAACUACGCGCGAACACCAUCGAGACACGACUAGAAGCGGCCAUAAUCGCGAUAUCCCGCGUUGCGCAACACCAAUCGCACACGCGCGCAUCGAACAGGAGCGCGGAGCCAGAUAGACGGCUCACGCAGUACACUUCUCUCCCCACGUCCACAGCCUCGCUGUAAUCAACAUAAGCCGCGCACCAUCACCACCACCCACAAACCCACACAAUGGCGCCCCUCCCCCACCCCAGCACCAACGACAUCACCCCCAUCCCGACCACCUACUCGUCUCUCAACGGGCCCCCCCCCGGCCAAAUCGCCGGCAUAGUCCUCGGCUCAGUCUUCGGCUUCAUCCUCAUCGCCUACCUCCUCUACACGACCUGCAGCGGGUCCGCCGUGCUCAUCAGCGACGCCGAGACGGUUUCCGAGGUCGAAGUCCGGAGGCGGAAGAGGCGCGGAAGUAGGAGUAGUAGGGGGACGCCGGUAGUGGAGCGGAUUGUGGUGCAGGAACGCACGGAGAGGAGGAUGGGGAGUGGGAGGAGUCAGAGGAGUAGGAGUGUGGGGAGUGUGGAGGAGGUGGUGGUUAUUGAGGAGGGGAGCCCGCCGCCGAGGAGGAGUAGGAGUCAGAGGGGGGGUGGGUAUAGGGAGGUUGAUCCGAGGGAGUUUGGGGGGGGGGGAAGGCCGAUGAGGGAGGUUAGGAGGGAGAGGAGGUGA